CAAUCGCUGGCUAUAAUUAGCCUUACAAGUUGUUUCCGAAAGCACAUGUUUCCCAACCCAGCGUCCCUUCUUAUCAAUUCUCAAAAAUCCCCGAGGCCACAGCCACCUGUUGAUCCCGGCGAGUAUUACAAUGGAAACUGCCCUGCCAUAAAUACGGACCAUGUGUCUUCAAACUGAGCCGCAACAAUUGAUGGAUUUUGAACAAACCGGACGAAUUAUUGUCACAAAAUAAACUGCACGUAGUGUACUGGCUCUGACAAAAGUCAAAACAACUCGGGGUGAUGUUAUUGUAUUUAAAUACGAGGUCAUUUAGUUAACCCAACGACACACACACACCGCAGCAAGUAAUCAGUAGAAUUUUCCAAGCCAAUAAUUUCGAGUCGGAACAAUAAAACUCGUGUUGUUAUAAAUAUAUUUCGUUAUCAGCUAACGCUGAUUGGCAGGCGCAAAUUUCGCCUGCCCUUCGGGAGAAUUUCCGGAUCAUUUUUGCGAUAUGCAAACUACAUCAUUGUAAGCACACGUCCAACACUUUCAUCUGUUAAAGACGAAAUACGAUCGAACGGUAAAAGUCGUGCCAAAAGCCUACUUGUUGCAUUGACUUUCUCGGCAAAGCCAACGACAAACGCCGGAGCUCUCUUGUUGUGUGUGUGUGAAAGCCCACGUUAGUGGGAGUAUUAAAUUAGACUUUUCUCUUUUCACAAGAUGCCACCCGGGGGGGAGACGUUUCGAUUUUUUCGCGUGCGUCAUCGACGACGAGACGUCACCCGUUUCGAUUUUCUUUUGACGUUUUCGCCACCUUAGCUCCGCAACCUGGUACGUGUUUAAUGUGUUAAACAUGUAGAUAAACGUUACGCAUUGCCUGGAAUGGCUUUUUUGGGCAAUGAUUGGGUGGUGCAAUGUUUGUACGACCAGUUUCUUCAAUUUUUCAGACAUCAAAGGUUAAACUUGGAAGUGUACAUUGUUUGUGGACUUGGUUCAAGGUUUCGUGCUAAUUCAAUUCAUAAAAUCUAUGGUAAUGUAUGGACAAUCUAAAAACAAAUUGUAGCCAACAGAUAAUUCGUCGUUCCUGUGUCUGGCAGACACAUUUAUUAUAUGGGUUUUGUCUAUGAUUAAAUUUCGACUUACCAUAUGACAAUGGAUGUUAAAAACCAAUUUUUUUGACUGGAAAAUGUGUGCAGUAACAGUAUUAUUGUAUUUUAUUAAUAAUACAUACGUAUACAUAAAUAUAAAUUCAAAUAAUAUGUAAAAAUAUGCACACCAAGUACAGUCAUCAACAAAGGCAUUGUAACGUUGGUUUAAUAUGUGAAGGCCGAUAAACUUGCGAAAUUUUUACUUUGGAAUAAAAGUAGUGGCUUCUCAGAAGCUCAUUAAAUGCUAACUGGCAAGUUAAUUUUUUGAAUCCAAGCUUGAAGUUGGUCACCUAGGAAACGUCAUUGUUAUUUUGUAGGCCUAACGUCAAUGUUGAAAUGUCAUUUUCUUCUAACUUCCGUAGCUUCAUUACAAUAUAAAUCCUAUUUUGGUAAUUUUCCACUAAAUUAAGACUAUUAGUGACAAUGGUAACCUUAUACGUACUAUUGAAUGGAACAGCAGAAUCAACACAGAGCAACCAUCUGGCCGUAGGGUCGUCAAUGAGACUAACGUUGACCAGGAUGGCAUCGACACCGGGUACGGGCGCGUCGGCCAACCUGGCCAUGCUACUCAACCUGAGCCAGCAGCACAGGCGAUUGGAGAGGACGCAGUCGGCGCCCGCGCCGCCGGUGACGACGCCCCCGGCUUCGAUCAGCAACGCCACCGUGAACACGUCCAGGUAUAAGACGGAGCUGUGCAGGCCGUACGAGGAGUUCGGCGUCUGUAAAUACGGCGACAAGUGUCAGUUUGCGCACGGUAUGAACGAGCUGCGAAGCCUGGCCCGCCAUCCGAAAUACAAAACGGAAUUGUGCCGCACGUAUCACACGGUCGGUUUCUGCCCUUACGGGCCGCGGUGUCACUUCGUUCACAAUCAGGACGAAGUGCAGGUUAAAGGGCCGGCCAUCAAUCCCGCCAUCCUGGCGGCCAGGCAACAGCAGCAACAGCAGCAGCAGCAACAGCAGAACCAAAGUCAGAGGCCAAGACCUAGCGCCCUGAGUCCGAGCUUGUCGUUGGACAGUCCCAGUCCGCCGUGCAGCCUCAGUCAGUCGCCGACAUCGUCGAUGGGCUCGUUCUUCAGUUCGGAACCGGAGCUCCACUCGCCCAACCUCGACGAUCAGCGUUUACCCGUAUUCAAUAGACUGUCGACAACGCAAAUUUUACAAUUGAGCGAAUUGAUGCUUUAAGUGCUACUAUCACUUUAUGAAAGAAAACUUGAGCUGAUAACACUUUAACUCAAAAGACGGUUUAUUUAAAUUGAAAGUGUCUUAUUUAUAUACAAAUCUCGCUUUAGUAAACUUCACUUUAAAUGAAUAUUUUAUUUUUUUUAUCAACAUGAUAUUUUUAUUAUUUAAAGUUAUAGUAACUAACCAAGCUAUAUUAGUUUGAAGAUUGUGCUAUAAUCUCAUGCAUUUGUGAUAAUAAUGUUAAUUUAUUUUAUACUUUUGUCCAAACUUACUUAAAAAAUUUACUUUUAUUUUAACCUUGUAAAUCUAGUUUGUAAGAAUUUGGCCGAAACGUGAGAAAUUUUUAGUGACAAGUGACUAUUUAUGGGGUGUAAAUGUAACGAGCGCAAGGGAUAUUUAUUAUAUUGUUAUUUCAUAAUGUGAUAUUCAUUUAAAGAGAGGUUUAAAAUGGCGCAGUGAUUUCGAUUAUGUGUGAUUUUUAAAUAUAUUAAUAAAUUUAUUAUGUAAUAUUAAGCAAAAGUGUGUUUUUAUAAGAAUGUUGAUAAACUGUGUAUUUGUGCAAGUUUAGGUUUAAUUUUCCCUUUUUUCAUACAUCGGUCUCGACUUUCUUAACAUUCCUAGUAAUAAACGUUUAUUUUUUGGGUUCGUUUAACCGUGCAGUAGAAAGUUGCCCAUUUUUUUACCUUGCAAUAUUUAUAUUAUUUAUCUGCGAAGAUUAAACCUGUUUCCUUUAAUUUUUAAUUAUCCUAUUUUUAUUAUUAUUUUUUUAUUUAACGAAAAUUAAAGCCAACUGAAGAAACAGGUCUAAUAUUCAACCAAAAACUUUUUACUGAACUGUUAAAUCGCCGUUUUUUAUUGUAUAAUGCUUUUUUCUCAGUUUUCUUCAUUGUUUCUCGUGUGCCUUAAUCCGACCGAUGCUUGGAGAAGAAUAAGAUUUUUUGUUAUUUAAAUCAUUAUUUAAUUUUUUGUGUGUUUUCUCAAUACAAUGUUAUGUAGUUAUUUUUAUUAUUAUAAUUUAUAUAUAACUUAUUAAUUUAUAUUUACUGCAUCUAUUAGACGGAACACCCGUACUGGGUUGCACCAUUGUAUAUUAUUUAUAUUAUUUAGCUAUUGUAAUCUUCUAUCAAUAAAUUAUAUUUUGUUCUGUA